AGAAGAAGAUACAGAGGAAACAGAGAGAGGUGGAACAUGGACAACGUCUUGUGCGACGAGCUUCUCCAGGAAAUCUUCACCCGCCUCUCGCCGUCGUCGUCGCAAUCGUCGCCGUCGUCUUCUGCGGUGCCUCUGGUGUCCAAGCGGUGGCUCCGCCUCUACCGCGAGUCCAGGACUGCCCUCUCCCUCCGUCUCGCCCCGAGCGCCGCCCUCAUCCCCGCCCUCUCCUCCCUCCUCGCCAACUACCCCGCGGUCUCCUCCCUCUCCCUCGUCCUCUCCUCCGACCCUUCCUCCGGGGCCUUCUCCGACAACCUCCUCCUCUUGCUCUGCUCCCACUGCGCGCGGCUCAGGAGCCUCAAGUUCUUGGCCGGUCCGGUCUCUGUUUUCUCCCUGCUCUCUCUCUCGAGGACCUGCGCCCACAUGACCCACCUCACCGUUUCUCUCUCUAGGCCUCUGGUUUUCAGUUGGGUCGUCAGGUUGCCUUCUCUCAAGGAGCUCUCCGUGCUGGUCUCAUCUGGGGAUUGCGUGGAGGGUGAGUUUCGGGGAAACGGUGAUUAUGGGGUUCUUGAAAGUGUGGAGCUUGAGGCUGAGUUAGGGCUUGAGAGCCUCUGCUUAUCUGGGGUCUCCAGUGAGGACUGGGGAGUUAGUUGGCUGUGGCGGAGCUGCAAGAAGCUGAGGAAAUUGCAGUUGAAGGGCUGUGAAGGGAUCGGCGAUGGAGGGUCUUACGCAUCGUUCGGUAGGUGCUUGAAGGGUCUUCAAGAAGUUGAGCUCAGGACUUGUAGGAGCAUAGUGGAUGGUGUUCUUGUGAAAUUGGCCGAGAAUUGUGAGUUUCUGAGCUCUCUCUUGCUAUACGAUGGUGGUAGCAGGGAUAGCCUUCUUCAUUUCAUAAACAACUGCCGGUGCGAUCUGCGAAAGCUUGAUCUCCGCUUGCCUCUCGACUUGAAGAACGAUCAUCUCUUUGCUCUGUCUCUGCAUUGUAGGAAUAUGUCGAGUCUCAGGCUUCAAAGCUGUUGCUUGGUCACUGGUGAUGGCCUAAAGACUUUUGGAAUUGCAAUGAAUGGUGGGCUCCAAGAAUUGGCAUUGAUAAACUGUGAUGUCGUGGAGAGGGAGCCAGGCCUGCUUGCCACAUUGGGGCAACACUUGGGGCAACUGAGGAAACUGGACCUGUCUUACAAUGAGAUGCUGCCUGAUAAGGAAUUGAUUGCAAUGCUCGCUUCGUGUUCCCAUUUGGUCGAUCUGAGGCUGAGAGGGUGCAAAGGGCUCACGGACCCGGCCAUCCUUUCGAUUUACAGGAGCUGCAAGCUUCUUGAGAGCGUCGACCUCAUGCAUUGUUGCGGGAUCGGAGAGAAGGCCGUGGAGUCGUUGAUAACCAACUCUCCUCGGCUGAGGAGGCUGCAGGUCGAAGAAAGCAAGUUAUCCGAUGCCGCUAAAACACAGGCGUCCCAUAAAUUCAUCGAGGUUGUGGCCUGAUCAAUCAUCGAACCAUGUAGGUACUUGUAAUUUAUGUGUCAUUUACUGAAAGUACAUGAAAACUAGUACAAAAAAGUCACCACACCAGUUCUCUUUCUGGCUAAGUUGCAAUUCAUCGUUUCAAUAAACAGGAAGCAGUUAUUCAACCUGCUAAAAUUGAUUUCUUGUAUUGAUGAUCGAUGUGUAAAUAAACAAAGUUAUCUUCGUCCUUUCGGAUCUCGCCUUUUGCCGCGUUUCGAUCACAAAAAGAGCCUAAGGAAUGGAUUGAAGUGAAGCUUUUCAAAGUUCACAGAGUCUUUCGAAUAUGAAGAGAGGCUCGCUUUCCUCCCUACAGAUGCAAACAUAACGAGUUCGAUUUCGCGCAGAGCAGAGGUUCUUCUUCAUGGUGCAAUCACGCAAGAAUUCCCUGCGUUCGUAUCUCGUCCAUUAUGUAUUGUGUGAAUUUUCCUGUUAUGGUCAGUGUUGUUUCAAAUGAAAUCCGCAAUCUUGAACGUGCAUUAGCGUUGCGAUUUGCAGACCCCCUUCCUGUAUUUAAAGCUAUUGCAGACUGAAAAUGAAGCUUUGCGACAUAGAAUCAUGUCGCCAUAUAUCUCC